UCACCACGGCUUGUAUCUAAAGUAGGCUGUGGCUGUGACAAUGAUCUUAAAUUUAAAUUUAAUGUAUUACUUGUAUUGUGUUAGUGGACUUUAUGUUAAAAAUCGUAGAAGUUAUAAAGUAACUUCGAAUUUAGAUGCUUGGCGGUACUGAGAGAUGACUGAUCAAAGAACUUAAUGAAUAUAGAGAUAUAUGUGAAAUGCCAAUGCAAAGAGCUGUCAAAAUUUAAGAAAUGACAGUGUUUUAUAACGGACGUACGUCUAGUUAAAAAGAAUAAUUAUUGUCAAAGAUAGAAUUAAGAAGAUUAAAAUUUUAUGCAAAGAUAUUAUAUUCCAUAUUAUUUAUUAUUAUCUACUUUAGCAUUAAAUAUAUCUAGACAUAAGAAUAUAACCUCAAAGCACAUUACAAAUUAUUAUGAAGAUAUACAAUGGAGGUUUCAGAGACGAAAAACCUUGUUAGAGAUUUGGACUUAACUCUACAACCUCGCAUUUUUCCACGAUAUAAAUCUUGGCUUCCUCUUGCUACACAGCAGUUAAGACUUAGGAAUCUUAUACAAAUAAUAGGAUGCAAUCUGAAAACAGAUAUAAAUAAUGAAAUUUGCUGGUUUUAUUAUACCUUACAUAGAACAAGUAUGUCCUCUCCGAUAUAUACAAGCGAGGCAAUUGAUAAUACAAAUCCAAGAUGGUCAAGUUUAGAAGUACCAACUAUAUAUGCCACCAGCUAUUCUACUGCCAGUGAAGUCAUUGUAAGAUUGUGGAAAAGGAUAAUCAUCAAUAAUGCAACUACUGAUCUAACCAUAUUUACAUGGGGCAUAUCUUUUACUGGUUUGGCAUAUAUCGGCCCAAAACUAUCAAAUAAUUUAGAAACCAUAUUGAAAGAAAAUUCUCUAAUUUUUCAAUUUCAUGGUGGCUUUUUCACUCCAGUAUAUUGUUUCAUUGAAACUCCUGAAUUAAAAAGGUAUCUACAUAUAAAGGUCAAUGCAUCUGAAAUAAGAGAUAGUUAUACAGUGAGUAAGCUUACCAGCUUAAGAAAUAAAAUGCAAGCAUUAAAACAGCAAACGGAAUCGGUACAAACACUUCGGAUACAAAUUGCUUCUGGAGAUAACUUUCACCCAUCAAAGUAUCCACAAUCUUCAUUAAACAGAUUGUUUCAACCUCGUAAAGUGAGCAGGGAGAAGAAGGCAGAGAUAUUAAAAAUACGUAAGGAAUUAGAGGUAGCAAAAUUUAGAACAAAAUUGUUAGAACAAGAAAGAGCAAGAAAAAUGGGAGAACUAAGAGUGUUAAAUCAGAUGCAUUCUAAUAUUAUGGAAGAAAAUCAAGACUAUGGUUCUGAUUUAAUGGAAAGGUAUAGAGAAUUGAAUAAAGAUAUUGAAAGAUUACAUGAAUGGCGACAAAAUCAAAUAGAUACAAGAGAAACAUAUAUUCAAUUGAGUAGUCAACUUGCACAUAGAAGAAGACAAUUAAUUUCAGAAUUAAGCUUAAUAUAUCCUAUUUCGCAGGGAGGAAACGGAAAAUUUAGAAUACAUGAUGUUCAUUUACCAGAUAGCGAAGAUUUAGAAUUAUCAAAUGAUACUGUAGUUGCUGUAGCAUUGGGAUUUGUUGCACAUACUACACAAAUGAUCGCCAAUUUUCUUAACAUACCUACUAGAUAUCCUAUUAUACACUAUGGAUCACGUAGUAAAGUUAUAGAUCAUAUUACAGAAAAUUUACCUGACAAUGAAAGACAGUUUCCUUUAUUUGCUCGAAGUAAAGAUAAGCUACAAUUUCGUUAUGCUGUUUACUUACUAAAUAAAAAUAUAGCUCAAUUAAGAUGGUACUGCGGCCUUCCAACAACAGACUUAAGGGCAACACUUCCAAAUCUUGCUACUCUGAUAAAUAUUAAACCAAAUCAAUCACAUUUGGAUAAUUCGAAACGAACAUACUCUACUUCAUCUUUGGAUAUCGAAGUUGGAAAUAGUAAACAAAGUAUAACACCACCAAUGCAAAAAAUAAUUUUUGAAAAAUGCCAUCGAUCUUCACGAUCUAUGAGCCAAUUAAAAAGUAUAAAAUCUUCUCUCGGUUCUUCUUUGGAUCAAGGUUUAGAUAAACCCGUGCAAUCCCUUGUUUUAGGCAGUCAAUCAAAACGAAUUUGUAAAUCGGAAGAAAGUGCCAUAGACAAUAAAACAUUGGUACUAGUAAAAGAUAGGUCAAGUAAUAGUAGUAAUGAAACUUUAAAUAAUGCUAUUCUAAAUAAUAUAACAAAUGUUGAAAACUGUUCUGAAGGAAAUAAUGAAACUGCAAUAGAAAAUAACAUUGAAAUCAUGAUACCAACUUCAGUGUCAAAGUCAACUAACAUUACAGAUAAUUUUGACAGUCCUGUAAAUAUAAGAGAUAGAAGCUCAAAUUCUAUAAGUAGUUGCGAAAUGGCACUUACUAGUAGUCAAAAUGGGGACGAUAGUUCGAACGAUAACAACAUAAUUAAGAAAGAUGAAGCUAGAGAAUCUAUUUCAAUUAUUAAUGAAAUCUUAAUAAAUAUCAAUGAUGUAGAUAAUACUUUAAAAAAUGGAAAGCACAGCGAAGAUUAUAAUUUAGAAAAUGAAGCUCCACAAGAUCGUGAUAAUCUUAAAAUGGCAGCUAGUGAUAAAAGUUCUAGUAAUCAUGAACAUAUGCCAGUUACAACAGAAACUUCAACGUAUAGAAAAGAACAUUUUACUAAAUCGUGCUUAUCUUUAGAUGAUAUAAUAUCUUGUGCUUAUGAAGAAACUGAAAAGAAAGAAAGAACAAGUUCUAUUUGUAGCUAUCCAGAAGAGUACCUUUCAUCCAAAUAUCUUGCAUCUCGAAAACGAUAUAAUUCUGAAUCGAAAAAAGAUCGAAUAGAUUCUGUACAUUCUAAAAAUUUGUGCCACAAGAACACAAGUAGAGAAUCAGUGGUGGAAACAGAAUUGAUGCAAACAGCACAGAAAUCAGAUUGUUAUUCGUAUGAUGAAACAAACAAAUGUGACUUUCAAGCAUCAGACGAAUACAUAGAUAUUAUUAGACGUAGUUCAGAAAGUGUAUAUGCACGCACUGAAGCUUUAGCUAAUAAGAAAACCAGUUUUAAAGUUAUGAAACCACGACUGUAGUAUUUGCAUUCUAGAAUCGAACAAAGCGCUGUUGUUGUUGUAAUAGUUGGUUUCCAAACGCACGAGACCCAACAAAAGUUCACUGCAUGUUGUAUAGAAAAGAUUAGACCAAUAUUGACAUUAUCAUUACUAUGUGAAAAUCGAGAAUGUAGCGGUCUCAUAAAUUCUUUUCAUUAUGAAAGACAAAAAGAAAGCAAGCAAAUUUAUAUUUAUUCUAAUUACUUAUUUUGUUAAAUAGAAAAUGAAUUAAUUAUAUUUGUUGAUUGUGUUAAAAAUA